UUUUCAAGUUAUAGGAUGGCCCCAACUGCCAAGACCAACAAGGGUGAUACCAAGGCGCCGGCUGCCAAGCCCGCCGAGAAGAAGGCGGCACCAGCCGCAGCCAAGGGCAAAGUUGAGAAGCCCAAGGCCGCUGAGGCUGCCAAGCCAGCAGCUGCUGCUGCCAAGAACGUGAAGAAGGCGCCGGAAGCCGCUAAGGACGUUAAGGCCGCCGCUGCAGCCAAGCCCGCUGCUGCCGCUAAGCCAGCAGCUGCCAAGCCCGCUGCUAAGGAUGCCGCCGGCAAGAAGGCACCCGCUGCAGCAGCCGCUGCUGCUCCCAAGAAGGACGCCAAGGCUGCACCCGCCAAGGCUGCUGCCAAGAAGCCAGCUGCAACUCCAGCUGCUGCUCCUCCAGCAAAGAAGGCUGCACCCGCUGCCGCCAAGGUUGCUGCACCAGCUGUUGCUGCUGCUGCUGCCGCUGUUCCAGCCGCCGCCGCUGCUGCCAAGCCCGCUGCUAAGCCAGCUGCGGCUAAGCCCAAGGCAAAGGCUGCUGCACCAGCUCCCAGCAAGCUUGCGAAGAAGAAUGUGCUGCGUGGCAAGGGACUGAAGAAGAAGAAGGUGUCGCUGCGUUUCACCAUUGAUUGCACCAACAUUGCCGAGGACAACAUUAUGGAUGUGGCCGAUUUCGAGAAAUACGUGAAGGCUCGCCUUAAGGUCAACGGCAAAGUGAACAACCUUGGCAACAACGUCACCUUUGAACGCUCCAAGAUGAAGUUGCACGUCAGCUCCGAUGUGCACUUCUCCAAGGCCUAUCUGAAGUACUUGACCAAGAAGUACUUGAAGAAGAACAGUCUGCGCGAUUGGAUCCGUGUUGUGGCCAACGAGAAGGAUUCGUACGAGCUGCGCUACUUCAGAAUCAGCUCCAACGACGAUGAGGACGAUGAUGCGGAGUAAAGAUAUAAUCAUCAGUUUUUUUACUACACAACAUGUAAAAAACUUGGUUUUUACUAUAUUAAAACAUCAAACUUA